AUGAAUGCGAGCCAGUUCGACGGUAACGCCGCCUUCUCCGGCGGCGGUUUCUCGGUUACUCAGACCACUCCGAGCGGCGACUCUCCCUUCACUCCCUCCAAGAAUCGCGAUGCUCAGGCUUUGCUUCCUCUGACGAUCAAGCAGAUCAACGAUGCUUAUCAAGCAAGUGAUGAUAAAACCAAUCUGACUAUUGAUGGUGUUGAAGUUGGCACAAUUUCUCUUCUUGGUAGGGUGUGCAGCAAAGCUGGACAAAUCACUGAUGUUAAAUUUGUACUUGAUGAUGGUACUGGAAUGAUUGAGUGCACUAAAUGGCUUCAAGAACCUGCAGAUUCAAUUCAAGUGGAGAGUAUUUUAAAUGGAAUGUAUGUGCGGGUUUAUGGACACUUGAAAGGCUUUCAGGGUAAAAAAAACUUGAAUGUUUUCUCUUUUAGGCCUGUGACUGACUUCAACGAGAUUGCCCACCAUUUCAUUGACUGCAUAUAUGUUCAUCUAUAUAAUUCGAAGUUUCGGGUACAAGCUAGCAAUCCCAAUCAGCAACAUGUUCCUAAUUCCACACAAAUCACUCCCACGAGAGGUCAUCAAUUUCAAGCUGUAUCAGCAAAUCAAUUCUCAGGUCAAAAUAAUAAUGGUCAGAAGAGUGUUGAACAAUUGGUGUCAGAUUUCUUGCUUCUUCCCCAAAACAGGGAAAUGACUGAGGGAACCCCUCGUGAUGUUAUUAGAGAACAUCUUGGAAUUCACCCGGAUAGACUCAAGCUGGCUAUUGAAAAUCUUAUCUAUGAAGGUCAGAUAUAUGAAGGUGUAACUGAUAGAUAUAAGUCAGCUAUCGAUGGUUGA